AUGGCGAUCACGACUCCCUUCCAGACAUUGUUUGCAGUCCCAAUGACCUGUCAAAGCUGUGUAAAUGACAUAUCAGGAUCAUUGAACAAGCUCAAUGGCAUUCAAAGGGUCGAAGCAAACCUCAAAGAUCAACUCGUGACUAUCGAGGGCACAGCGGCCCCUUCCGCGAUAGUCGCUACCAUCCAAUCUACGGGACGAGAUGCUAUACUACGGGGAACAGGUGGUUCAAACAGUGCGGCCGUCUGCAUUCUCGAGACGCAUUCGACGACCGUAUCGGAUAAAGUCAGGGGACUGGCACGAAUGGUCCAAGUUGCUCCAAAUUUAACGCUAAUUGAUCUCACGAUCCGGGGGCUGUCACCAGGCAAUUACUGGGCCACUGUCAGGGAAACAGGUGAUAUAUCAAAUGGUGCGGUAUCAACACGGGGAAUCUGGAACGAGUCGGAGGAGUCAAAAGACAGUGCCAUCAAACACAAGGGAUUUCUGGGGACGGUGCAGGUGGGGAAGGAUGGAAUUGGAAGCGUGUUCCUCGACAAGCCCGUUCAAAUAUGGGAGAUGAUUGGCAGAGGGAUGGUGGUAUCGAAACAGCACGACGGCGAUAACGAAUUUGAGAGGAAUGAUGCAGACACGCUCGUUGGCGUCGUUGCUCGGAGCGCAGGAGUUUGGGACAACGAUAAAACGGUGUGCUCUUGCUCUGGCAAGACGUUAUGGGAGGAAAGAAAGGAUGAAGUGAAGAAGGGCAUGUUGUGA